CUGAGACUCUGGUGCCUCAGACUGAGACAGUGAGCAAGGAACAAGUCCAGCAUGAGAAUAAUGAACAGGAUAAUAUGGCCGUUCUUGCUCCUGAAGAACUAGAGGAUUUCACAACAUUCGAUGAGGUUUACCACGAUUUUGAGUACAUGGGAUUGCAAUGUGAUCUUCUGAGAGGCAUUUUUGCUUAUGGUUUUAAGAAGCCUUCUGCAAGUCAGCAAAGGGGCAUUGUUCCUUUCUGCGAAGGCCUGGAUGUGAUUCAACAAGCUCAGCCUGGAACUGGAAAAAGAGCUACUUUCUGCUGCGGAAUUUUGGAGCAACUUAAUAUUGAUUUGGUCGAGUGCCAGGCUCUGGUUUUGGCACCUACCAGGGCCUCGGCACUGAAGACUGAGAAAGUUAUGCGAGCACUUGGCGACUAUCUUGGGCUGAGGGUUUAUGCUUGUGUCCGUGGCAGAACUCAUCAUGAGGGUCAACGCAUUCUUCACGCCGGUGUUCAUGUUGUUGUUGGCACUCCUGAUUGUGUAUUUGAAAUGUUGAGUAGCCAGAACCUAUACCCAGAUCACAUACAUAUGAUUGUAUUGGAUGAGGCUGGUGAAAUGCUUACCGGGAGCUUCAAUGAUGAGAUCCUUCACAUUUUCCAGCUUCUGCCAUCACCAGUUCAGGUUGGGGUGUUCUCUGCUACAAUGCCACCUGAAGCCCUUGAAGUCACAAGAAAGUUUAUGACCAAACCUGUGAAGAUCAUAGUAGAGCAUGAUGAGCUCACCCUUGAGGGUAUCAAGCAAUUUUAUGUCAAUGUUGAGGAAGAAGAAUGGAAGCUUGACACCGUUUGUGAGCUCCAUGAUUCCUUAUCCACCUACCCAACUGUCAUCUUUGUUGAUACAACUCAGAAGGUGGAGUGGCUUACCGACAGGAUGAGAAGCCUUGACUACCCCGUCUCUGCUAUCCAUGUUUACACGGACCUGAACACUCGCGACACAAUUCUGCACGAAUUUCGCACUGGCUCUUGCCAAGUUCUUAUCACCACAGAUCACUUGGCUCGGUGUAUCGAUGUGCAGCAAGCACGUGUUGUAGUAAAUUAUGAUUUGCCAAAUCAACCAGAAAACUAUCUUCAUCGUAUAGGAAGAAGUGGACGUUUCGGAAGUAAAAGUACUGUCAUCAACUUUAUGAUUAGGGAUGAAGAGAGAAAGGUGCUUGACAUUCAGAGGUUUUACACAUUGGUCAUUGAGGAGCUGCCUGCAGAUUUUGCUCAUCUCUUCUGA